AUGGGAGAUCCUGCUGUCCAGGAGGCUAUGGCUUCAGACCGGGCUUCCGAACCGCGGGAGCACAACCGGGCAGCGGCGGCGGCGACGGCGAUGCCGCUAGUAGACGGCAACGGUGUUGAUCCCUGCUCGGUUACUCGGGCUGUAAGCUCUGGUUCGGAAAAUGUAUCUUCCGCCUCAUCAGAGCCAGCGUCAGCGUCAGCACCCGCAUCCGCGGCGGUGCGGGGGACGGAGGGGGAGGUGAAUGCCGGGGCGGCGGGGCCGGGGCCGGGGCCGUCGUCGACGUGUGCGCGGGUGCCGUUCGGCGCGUCGGUGCAGUUCCUGAGCCCUAUCCGCGUGACGUUGACGCUGCCGACGGGCUACCCCGCGGCGGAGCCGCCAGCAGUGGAGCUGGCGUCGCUUUGGCUGACGGCGGCUCAGGCUGCCGUACUGGUAUCGGAGCUGCAGCAGCAGUGGCGGGCGAGUGGCGGCGGCGUGCCGAUUUUGUUCCUGUGGCUGGAUUGGCUGAAGUCCGAGGCUCUGCCGUACCUGGGUGUACGACAGGAGCUGGUGCUCAGCGCGAGCGAGUCGGCGGCAGCGGCAGCGGCGUGGCCAGGCGGCGCCGCCGCGGCAGCUGCCGCUGGAGGGGGGACACCGGAGGGGUUGGCGUUGUCACUGCUGCGCUAUUCGGCACGGCGCGAGGAGGAGAAAUUCAACGAGUCGAAUAUUAGGGCUAAGCUUCCGGUUUAA